CACCAACGGAACAUGGGUGGGACAGGAAAAAGUCGUCAAAAACCGAGUACGAAUACUUAAAAAUGGAGAUUCAAUAAAAUUCGGCCCCAAUCUGGUUUAUAGUUUUGCUAAACAACAAACAAAACAGCAGAAGGACACCGCUGCAGGUAAACUUAAUUUCUGUUACCUAUAUGUUCCAACUGUUGGAUUUCGAAAUUAAUUUCCUGGUUAUGUAUUAUUUUAUUUUUUAUUUUGAAGGGACAAUCUUUCUUGAUGGGAAGUGGUGGGAAGAGAACGAGUUGAGAGGGCGCUGUUUCAUCAUGGGUCGGUGGUGGGAGAGCCUUCAAGAAUGGCUGGAUGAGACGUCCCAAAAGCUGGGUAAGCAGAUUGUUUUCCAUCAUAUAUAUUUGCUUCUGACUUCUUUAUUUUUGUCGACUUUAGAAUACGCUGGCCCAUCAUCUCAACCUGUCGUUGAAGUUGAAGGUGAGGAUGAAGUUUUGGAGGGAAAAGAAGUCAUUUUUCUAGAUAAAGGCGAAGAACCGGCGGCUAAAAUACAACGUGUGGACGGCGAUGUUGACGUGGGAGGAGCAGGUGACAACGAUUUCUUCAUAAAGAGAGGACUCUUCUGGUGGCAAGCAAAACCUCAUCCUCGUAUUCCACGCACGUGGAAACCACCAAGUCAAGGGCUUGGACUGCUGUUUUAUUGUAUCCGGGAUGAAAUACGGUCCAAAGGUUGGAAAGGGGAAGAAGAGCAUAUGAAGUCCAGCGCUGAAUACCAAGAUUGGCUACGUACUGUAAAAGGAAAAUCUUACUAUCGACACAAUCUGCGAAACGCCGACCUCAAGUUCAAUGGAAAGCCAGUUUAUAUAUUUCGUGAAGGCGACAAAUUAUUCUAUGCCAAUGGUACAUUAAAGCAGCAGGGUAAAAGUCCAACAGUUGGAAGUAAAGAAACAAACUUCACCCGAGAUGACUACGAGGUGAAUCCCUCAAAGUGGAAAGUUGUUUGUUGUGAUUUGACCUGCUGGAAGCAGGGAAAGUCCAAAGCACAUUGCGAAGAACAUGUCGAACACAGCGACCGAGGUCAGGAAUUGUUUGUGGUCCGCGAUAUGUUAAACGAAGACAUGACGGUGAUUCUGGUGUUUAAUCCACAAGUACAAUCCUGUGACUUCGACCACCACCAUUUGAAUCAACGUAUUCAUUCCUCGGAUGGAGAAUCAAAUAAAUCUCUGCAGGCAUAUUUCAAACACCGUGGCGUCCCACCUAUAGUUACUCUACCCAAACGAAAUCAAGAUUACAAGUCACACAAUUACUCUAAACAAAAGAUCCAACGGUUGAAGGAAACGUACUGGAAGGAGCGAUUUGCUAGGGUUGAAUUUGAAGUUCUGGAAAAAUGGUAGUUGCCAUAUUCUAAGAAAAAAGUUUAUAAUGCAAUCUACGACACCAUUCAGACGGCACUGUCUAUUCUUGUCUCCAGCCACAACCACAACCAAACCGUGUUCAGAAAAAUUCAACUCCUCAGGAAGGAAAUAGAAUUUAAGCAUGUAUCCUUCCAACUGUUGGAACAGAUUCUGUCGUCUAAUAAUUUCAACAUCAUCACCACGAACGACACCAUUUACAAAAACUACGACAGAAAGAACUCCCCCUUUCUCCCAACACACGGUCUCAAUACGUUCCUCUCUUCAACAUACAUAAUACUUGAGUACGAUGCAAUAUAUGAUGGACUCAGGACAUCUAUAACUAUAACCUCUAAUGCCGGACAAACCUCGUCGACGAAAAACUCCAGUAUGUCUGCACGUGGGAAGAUAUCGACUGAAAGAGAUCCCUCGAAGUCCCGCAACGCCUACGCUUUGUAUCAAACAAAACUGGAUUCCAACAAUUGGAAAUUAAUGAGUUCCAUCAAUCGCAAAGCACCAGACAUGACCGAUCAGCAGAAGAGAGUGACUGCUUCAGUAAAGUUGGAUUGCUCCAAAGCUGAGAGCAUUGGACACCUCACCAACAUAUUUGGAAAAAUAACAAAUAUGACGAUUGAUGGAGUGGAUCUCAAGCUGGCCAACCAGAAAUUUACUCAUUUUGAUGAGUACGAGGAACAUUUGCCCCAAUACUUGGAACACCUUUUUGAUUACAAGUUUGAGAAGAGAAUCAUGAUUACCUCGGCCCCGAUAAAUGUAGAUUCUCAUAGAAAACAUAUGUUUGAUCUCCAUGCAGUUUCCAAUUUCAUUAAAUAGAGUGGUGGUUUGUUCUACUUGUCGAAACAUUGAUUAAAAUUUAUGAAUUGUAAACGGA